AUGCUGCUCGUCCAUCAAGCCGGCAGCGUCAAGGUAGGAGAGGUGGUGCGGUAUGUCAUGCGACCAAGAACAUCAACGCGCCGAGGUGCAGCUUCUGACCAUCCUGUANGAUUCACCUUGACCUACACCCCGAGCAACGAUCGAAUCCUGCCCAGCCCUUCGCAUCUGCACCUCAAGAUCAAGAACACUUCGGCCAUCCCCCUACGUGCCGCCUACCUUCAUGGUCCCUACAACUUGCACGUCGCCUCGUAUCCCGCCUCAUUCAAUCCCAACCACAAAGUCGAGGACCCGCAANAGGAGGGCGUGCCGGACUUUGAACCACUGCUCAAGGCAGGCUCGAGCUGGUCUACCAAGCUGACUGUUCCCGAGAACAUCCGAGAGACGGGCAACACCUUCGCAUCCGGUCGUCAAAACCGUGCCUCGCAAGAUGCCCAUCGAGACGACAAGAAAGGUCCGCCAAGUGCUACAUGGGUAAUCGAGAUCGCUUCUCAGAUCCUGUUUUCCAACACGGCCGCCGUUCAUUUCGAGCUCUUGGUCGGUCGGGACGAGAGAAGCUUAGACCUCGGAUUUGCAGCCGUCGCUAGCCACGGCCAUGGUAGUCCUGGUCAAAUACACGAUCAUCAAAAGGACAAACGUAGGGACAAUGUUGGCCAACAAAAAGGUCUCUAUUCGCGCGCUGUCAAGCUUGUCGUCGAGGACACUCAAGCACUCUGGGACAAGCCCGCCCUCCCUUUCAACGAUGCCCAGAAACGUCCUCGAUCCUCAAAAGACUCGGUCCGCAAGUCCAAGGAAACGAAGACCAGCACCGAAGAAGCCAAGGAGGAACCUCUCAAGAAGAAAAAGAAGAUACAUCUGGUCGUUCUUACCCAUGGCCUACACAGCAACAUUGGUGCCGAUAUGCUUUACAUGAAGGAGAGUAUAGAUGCUACGGUCAGACAGGCGAGAAUCGAUGCAAGGAACAGAAAGGCUGCCUACAAGAAAUCGCAAAACAAAUCUGCCUCGUCGUCAGAACAGCCAGAUCCGUCAACUGAUGACAAGCCCAAUGAAGAAGCCACUACAGCACCUCUUUCAGGGGGCCAAGAAGAUCUCGAUGAUGACGGUGACGAAGACGAAGAGCAAGUCAUUGUGCGUGGCUUCAGUGGCAAUGCUAUCAAGACCGAANAAGGCAUUCAAUACCUCGGCAAGCGUUUGGCAAAAUUCGUCCUGAACUUCACUUAUCCCGACCAGCCCUUCCAACCAGUCAAAAAAUCCAUGACGAGGUCCUUUACGGAUCAGUUCAAGUCUCAGGCCACUAAGAAUGCCAGAGAUGGCGAGCCUGCACACCAAGGAAGCAGCAUUCACCAUGACGACAGCGGUGCUGACGAGCUUCCUUAUACCUUUACUAGUAUCAGUUUCAUCGGGCAUAGUCUGGGUGGUCUGAUCCAAACAUAUGCAGUUGCUUAUAUCCAGAAGCAUGCGCCGCAUUUCUUCGAACAGGUUCACCCAAUCAAUUUCAUCUGUAUGGCUUCUCCCAUGCUUGGACUGAGCAACGAAAACCCUAUGUAUGUAAAGUUUGCCCUGGACUUUGGCCUUGUUGGACGUACUGGUCAAGAUCUCGGCUUGACUUGGCGGGCUCCCAAUAUUGCGAAAUCUGGUUGGAACGCCAUGAUGGGAGGAUUUGGAGCCGGUACAAAAGAAGAGCACCAAGAAGAUCCAGGAGCUAAGCCUCUUUUGCGUAUCCUCCCCACGGGCCCUGCUCAUACGGUCCUACGCAUGUUCCGCAACAGAACUGUGUAUUCAAACGUUGUCAAUGAUGGUAUCGUACCGCUGCGGACUAGUUGUCUACUGUUCCUCGAUUGGGGUGGUCUUGGUAAGGUGGAUAAGGCACGCCGCGAGAACGGUUUGAUAGGUACAUUGGCCGAGUUUGGAUGGGCUGAGCUUACUGGCGCCAAUGCGCUGCCUAAAGCACUCAAGAAUAAUGGUGUAGGAAGCGCUGCUGGCACCGAAGAUGAAGGCUCUGGUGCCGAUACACCAACGGGAAAACAAGGCGAUGAUGUGCCUCAACCACCAUCGGAAGCGACAAGAGACGACAAUAGAGACUCCACAACUCUCGCUACGGAGCCAACAGCGGGUCAAUUCUUGAAAACGCAGGACCGUGGAAGUGCCGAGCCUUCGACGAGUGCGGCAAACCAAAACCAAAGUGGCGGCCUCUUGAACAGUGUUUUCAGCUUCUUCCGUCCAGGACCUUCACCCGAGCGUCAGUCUUCAAAAACCAUCAAGGCAGUGCGUCGCGGUCAAACUGUUGACGUGAAAGCCAACGAUGAACAUGAAGAUCAACUGGNNGCGAAGAGAUCCACCAAAGAGCUCGUCGGAACAGCAGAGGCAGCCAGCGAUAUUCUUCACCCUCCUAUUCCAUCGACAACCUGGCUCAUCGACCCAGCAUCUCGCGAUCGUACCAUAUUCCACGACAGAAUCUAUCACCCCGAAGACAUUCCGCCGCCUCCAAUGAAGCGUCCCAGUAGACUUGGGCGUUCAUUCUCUUCGGACUCUGCAUCGUUCAGAACAUCUCAGUCUCGCGAUGACGCGGCUUCGAUUGACAUGGGAAAUAUGAAAGUGGAAGAGAAGAUUGCCCGAGCAUACCACAAAGAUCUAUCCUGGCGGAAAGUCUUGGUGCGCCUUGAGCCUGAUGCACACAACAACAUGAUUGUGCGAAGAAUGUUUGCGAAUGCCUAUGGCUGGCCCGUGGUCAAGCAUCUGUGCGACACGCAUUUCGGAGACAACUUUACCGCAACCACUAGAGACGAAGACGAACCAGCUAUCGAUCGUGCCAAAGAUUACUCACAAGCCGAUCACGAGGCUGGUGAAGAGGUCAAAGGACAGAACGAGCAAAAGCCUCUUACAAGACGUGCAUCCGACAUGCGCGAAGACCGGGAUGAAUUGAAACCUCUCCAAGAGAGUACCAGCGGUGCCGUCAAGCACAAACUCAACCCACAAGGUUCUGCUGUAUGGGACGACAUCUAUUUCGAGGGCAGUGACGAUGACGACGAUGAAGAGGAGGGUUACGCAGCUAAGGUCCAGAGAUUUUUACACCUAAACCAAGGUGAAGGUGAUGGUGCGACCUGGGUAGGUGGUGGCGGUGCUCCGAAGAAACAAAGUACCGACAGCACCAUACGUCCUUCCAAAAGACGCGAGUCGACCGAAGUUCAUCGUGGUCUGGGACCCACAAGAAGUCAUGAGCCGUACUCUCCUCGCCUUUCUACAUCUUCAAACAAUGCGCCAAUUUUAUCACCUAGCUCGGCCAGUGGAGUGUUUACUGGCAAGGUGUUGAUGGAAGAACCAUCAAGUAUGGAUGCUGGAGAGAGCAUAUUGAGUAAUGCAAAGCACAACAGUACAGCUAGUGUUGGUCUGCAGAAAAGCGUCAAGGAAGCCGUGUCGCAGCCUGAUAAGAACGCUGAUACCGAGGCAGGUGUCGGUGAGCAAGUCGCUCGGAAAGCAAAUAGAGCCUCGUAG